AAAAAGCUGAUCAUAAGCGCCAACAAAAUCAAACCAAGCCAAACACGCCCUUAUAAUUUGCACCGCUGGUCUCACGCUCUGCAAAAAAUCAAACGCUUCAUAACAUCUUCAAAAAAAAAAACUAAAUCAGCUUCUUCGCGCGCAAAUUCACCGCAAAACAAACGGAAAAAUCAUGUACAGAUUCAGCAACACCGUCAUCGGAUUCCUCAACCUAUUCACCCUCCUCGCAUCCAUUCCGAUCAUAGGCGGCGGACUCUGGAUGGCGAAGAGCUCCACAACCUGCGAAAGCUUUUUGCAAACGCCGCUUCUGGUGCUAGGUUUCGUCGUGCUGAUAAUCUCACUGGCGGGGUUCAUCGGAGCGUGUUUCAACGUGGCGUGGGCUCUGUGGGUGUACCUGGUGGUGAUGUUGUUCCUAAUCGCAGCGCUGAUGGGAUUGACGGUGUUCGGAUUUGUAGUGACGAGUGAGGGAGGCGGAGUUCCUGUGGCGGGAAGGGUUUAUAAGGAGUACAGGUUGCAGGAUUAUCAUCCAUGGCUGAGGACAAGGAUUAAGGAGAGUGAGUAUUGGAGGACGAUUAGGAGUUGUAUUUUAGGAUCCAAGACUUGCGCUAAGAUUGCUUCAUGGACUCCUCUGGAUUACCUCGAGAAGGACAUGACUCCCGUUCAGUCGGGUUGUUGUAAGCCGCCAACGUCGUGCACAUACGACAUGGUGACCGUGGUGCCCCAAGACCCGGAUUGCUACCGGUGGAACAAUGCGGCGACGCUGCUCUGCUACGAGUGCGAUUCUUGCAAGGCCGGCGUGCUGGAAGAUGUUCGGAGAGAUUGGCACAAGCUUUCUGUACUCAAUGUCGUCAUGCUCGUCGUACUGAUUGGGAUUUACUCCAUCGGUUGUUGUGCUUUUCAGAAUACCCGACGGGCCGAAACCGAUUACCCGUAUGGUCAGAACCGGAUGACCAAAGUCCGACCCAGAUGGGACUACUAUUGGUGGAGAUGGUGGCAUGGGAAGAAAGAAGAGCUGUGGUGAGGUAAAAUCAAUCUGUUCAUGAUGUUAAAUGUAAUUUGCAGGUGCUUUUAAGAUAUGGAAGAAGAUGACAGAUGAGUUUGGUUUCUGUGAAGACAUGGAAGAAGGUCUUCUUUUUUUUUUUUCAGACAACACAGUCUUCAAUGCUUUUACUUUUGAUUAUUGUACAGAAAGAUGAGUGCUUUCUCACUUUAUUUAUUUAUUUGUAUUCCAAGA